AUGCGGAGGCGGUACGAGGUGGAGCCACGUUUACGUGCGACUGAUCCGCGUCUUCGCGUACCGAAGCCCAAGUGGACGAAGCAGCGUCCACGUCGUCACUUGGACUCUGUACAAUACAAGUACGACUCGCACUCUGUCGGCCCCCCACCGCCACAUGAAAUUGUCAUUACCGGUUUAUCGCCCCUCACGACGCCGGCCCAAGUCCUGCAGCAUUGCCGUGGCUUUGGCGCCAUCGAUGCUAGUGAACUUAAAGUCGAUCCGCAAACAGGGCAAAGUAUCGGGAUCAUGUGGAUUUCAUUCGGGCCCCAAGGUACUACCGACCCCGCUGACGCUGCGAAAACAGCCCGAGCAUCGCUGCAUGGCACAAAGAUCGGGACUGAAACAGUGCGAGUCAUGACCGAUCACGAUCGAGCGACGUAUGUGCGUCAAUAUCGUCAACUGCUGGGCGAGCGGUAUGAGCGCCAACGCGAAGAGCGACGCAAGGCACGAGAUCGCGCAGCAGCGCAAGCGAAUGCAGAGGCGCAGGAACGUGCGCGAUCUUCCUCAUGGCGCACCACGCCGCGUCGUCCUUCGCCGCCACGGGCGCCGAUGCCAUCGGUGGUGCGUCGCUUAGCAGCGUUGGGGCAUGACUACGUGUUUAUUCCGCGUGUGCAGGCCAAGGCCAUCGAUACAGAGGCGAUUCGCGAGCACGUCGCCCCCUUUCAACCGGCGUUGGUCGAUCGUGAUGAGGCCGGCUGGUACAUUGGCUUUGAUCGUGCGGAUGCGGCUGGGCGGUGCCGUAUGGUGCUGGGCCCUGGGACCUUGCAAGGGUAUAGCCUACGUAUGGACGUACGCCCUGCGCCAAGAGUAAGUGAGCGUGCGGCCCGGACAGAGAAAAUGCGGGGCCCGGCCUCCAAGCCGGUAUCGACGCCGGCGCCUCGGCCACGGAGCAAAGACGAGCUGCUGGACCAGGCGUCGGCUACGUUGGUCCGUGAUCUUACUGCGAUGCUGGCGCGCGAUAUCAAGACACGCAUGAUUACACCCCUUGUGACGCAGUUCCUUCGGCCUGACGCGCCGGGCGGUCUGCGCUUAGCGCAGUACAAAGCCGACGCGAUGGCUCGUGCGCCAGCGACCUUAGCGACCAAGGCAGCGUCGAGGCAGCUGGAUUCCAUUCCUUUACGGCCUGGCGCCUCGAUUCCUGUGAAAAAGGCGACGCCGAAGCGGAGUGCCAGUGCAACGCCGCAGGCGGAUGGGCCUACACCGACGGUGGCGACUGCCGACUCAUCGUCAGGGGCUGCGACGCCUGUGCCUGCUGAGAGCACUGAACCUAUUGACCCCAUUGCGCAUGGCAUAGUGCAGGAUGCAGAGGAGGCCAUGUACUUGACGCAGCUUCUUGCUCGCGAGGCCUGCGGCGAGGAGCCUGUCGGCGACACGCCUACGUCGGCGCACGACGCCGGGAGUGCGCGUGCACAGGGCUACUACCGCAUUCCUGCGAGUGAGAAGGCCGCGCACGUCCCUGAUCGCAAUCGCGCAGUGGCAGGCAAUGAGGCGUCGAGCGCGUUGGCAUUGGCGUCGGCACGCAAUACACGAGCUGAUUCACGUCGUCUGGCCCUGGAUUUGGAGCAACAUCGACGCGAGACCCUGGCUGCGACGGACCUGCUCAAUAUUAAUCAGUUGCAAGCCCGCAAGAAGCAGCUGCGUUUCGCCAAGAGCCCCAUCCACGACUGGGGGCUGUACGCUAUGGAGCUGAUUCCCGCAGGGGAUAUGGUGAUUGAGUAUGUCGGUGAGAUUGUGCGGCAGCAAGUGGCGGACCACCGCGAAAAAAUGUACGAGCGAGCGGGCAACUUCAGUACCUACUUGUUCCGCGUGGACGAUGAUGUUGUGGUCGAUGCGACACACAAAGGCAACAUUGCCCGCCUGAUGAAUCACUGCUGUACACCCAACUGCACAGCGAAAAUCUUGACGGUCCAAGGCGAGAAACGAAUUGUGUUGUUUGCCAAGCAGGCCAUCCUACCUGGCCAAGAGCUUACGUACGAUUACAAGUUCCAAGCGACGGGCGAUGAGGAGGAUGCCAUCCCCUGCCUGUGUGGCUCACCGGCCUGCCGCCGCUUUUUGUAG